GGGAGGAAGGCAAGGAGGAGGAGCCGUGAGCCGCGGCGGUGGCGGCGGCUGCUGCGGCCGCCUGGGGAGCCCAGCCAAGUGCCGCCUGGGGCUUCAGGGAGUGCGAGGAGACGGAGCAAUCCGUAGAGCCCGGGCGGCGGGGCCGAGCAGAGGAUUGGCCAACGGCUCCUUUCAACCCUGCCUCGUUGGUGGCCACUGGAGAAGCGCGGGGGGCUCCCCAGACAGCCGUGGGGACAAGUUAGAGCCAGCACUUUACCCCGGGCCUCGCGUGUAGCUUUCCUUGCCCUGUUCUAGGUGGCCCAGUGUUCAGAGGGGGGGUGCGGGUGUGCCCUCCUUACAUGUUCCACCGCCCGGGCAACCCUUCGGUCUCGUGUUCCAUCUCGCUCUUGCUUCCUGUACCGUAGUCAAGUGGAACCACUUUGCAUCAUGUCCCGGUAUAGCUACCAAAGUCUCCUGGACUGGCUCUAUGGGGGUGUCGACCCCAGUUUUGCAGGCAAUGGGGGCCCCGACUGUGCUGCCUUCCUGUCUUGGCAGCAGCGGCUGCUGGAAAGUGUGGUGGUCCUGACCCUGGCCCUGUUGGAGAUCCUGGUGGCCCUGCGGCACAUCCUGAGGCAGACGGAGGACGGUAGGGGUGGCCGUGGCAGCCAGCCACAGCAGGUGACCCAGCGGCCAGAGGAAGGCAAGGAGAGCCUGAGCAAGAAUCUGCUCUUAGUAGCCCUGUGCCUGAUCUUCGGGGUGGAGGUGGGCUUUAAGUUCGCCACCAAGACCGUCAUCUACCUGCUCAACCCUUGUCACCUGGUCACCAUGAUGCAUAUCUUCCUCCUGGCCUGCCCUCCGUGUCCGGGAGCUAUCGUCAUCUUCAAGUUACAGAUGCACAUGUUGAAUGGAGCUCUUCUGGCAUUGCUGUUUCCUGUGGUAAAUACCCGACUGCUCCCCUUUGAACUGGAGAUUUACUACAUCCAGCAUGUGAUGCUCUAUGUGGUCCCCAUAUACCUGCUUUGGAAAGGAGGUGCUUACACCCCAGAGCCCCUCAGCAGCUUCCGGUGGGCUCUUCUCUCGACGGGUCUCAUGUUCUUUUAUCACUUCAGCGUCCUGCAGAUCCUCGGCCUGGUCACCGAAGUGAAUUUGAACAACAUGCUGUGUCCGGCCAUCUCAGACCCAUUCUACGGCCCCUGGUAUCGCAUCUGGGCCUCGGGACACCAGACUCUCAUGACCAUGACCCACGGGAAGCUGGUCAUCCUGUUCUCAUACAUGGCUGGGCCCUUGUGUAAAUAUCUGCUGGAUUUUCUCCGGCUGCCAGCCAAGAAAAUAGACUGAAGGUGCUUGGAUUUUUGUUUUGUUUGAUUUUGUUUGUUUUGGUUUUGUUUUUUGUUUUGUUUUGUUUCUCCCUGAGGAAGCAAGUCCUGACUUGGCUCAGAGACUACCCAGUUCUUGGCACAAGUCAUUGGAGAGGGCAGUAGGCUGCUUGGUAUAUUCCCUUUUUCCCUCCUCUCUGUCCCCUCUCUUCCACUCCUAUUCCCUGUGCAGCGUCUCCCUAUGGGUGGCUCUCUGUGCCCAGGGACAGUGCAGGGGGCUGGAGCUUACUUCCUUUCGUCCCCUGGGCUCUGGGUCCUUACUGUGCCCUACUCCCUCUGCGUGGCCUUACCCAGGGAAAUGGUAGUCAGCGGCUGCCUUCACUGCCUGUUGGUGCUUUGACCAGCAGCUAGUUGAAGAAGCAGGGAACAGCAUCCCAGCAGUGAAAUAGUGCUGGGCUCAUGUCUCUACUGCCAGGGACCUCCAGGCUCAUGCUGGGAUCCCCCUUUAUCUCCAGCAUAGCCCCAUCAUAAGGGACCAAGGCUUUGUUUCCAUACCAGCUGCAAGCUCAGAGCCAAGGGACUUCCCAGACCACAGCCAAAAUAGAUUCCCCCAGUGACGGGCAUCCCAUGACUCAAAGCAGGGAGUCACCCAGCCACUCCGUCUAGGGUGCUGCCUGGGAUGGAAGGUGAUAGCAAUGGGCAGCCCAAAGGGCAGGAUUCUAUAGAAGGUUGUUGGAGAUCUGUUGCCACGGUGAAUCUGAAGCAAAGCCAGCGAAGGUGUACUCAGUACCAGGCAGGGCUGCCCCACCCCCUCCAAAAAAAAAAAGCCUUCCUAUGAAAGCUGAGAACAGAACCCACUUCCCACUCUGAAGUGAGCUGAGAAAUGAAGAAAUCCACUAAGUUUAGUGGCAACUUGAGAAAGCUGUGAUCAGAAUCACACUCUGUGUCACAUCAGGCAACGUUAGUCUCAGCCACCCCUUGAAUCAUCCUCAUUGUCUCCGUAUGUGUCUAUCUGUUUCCGUUUGUCUGAGGCUGCUUCAUGGAAGAGGGAGCUGGGGUUGGGGCUUGGGUGCUGUUUGGCUGUUUGUAUUUUGGAUGUUUGAAACGGGGGAACCCUUGCAUUUCGGGAGGUGCUCUAGGGCCAUUCCUGGCCCUUGGAGGAUGUGUCCACAGCUCCUGAAGGCAGUUUCUUUAGGGUUAGAUUUCUUUCAUGUAUGACGACGUCCAAAGCCCACGUGUAGGUUGAAGGGGAACUGCAAAAGGAUCAGGUCCCCAUAGGUAGAGGUUCAAAUCCUCAGGAGGGAGGAGCUCUGCUUAAAAGGUACUUAGUCAUGUGUAGACCACAAGGGCACCUGUGUCUCUGCAUUUGCUGACUCCUUGUCAACUUCUGGUAGGAGGAGAUCUGCUUAAGGUUAGAAAAGCUUUUACCAUGACCACCCCAUUGCCCUGUUCCAGUUGCAGUAUUCAAUGUAAGUUUGUGAGUACUUGGCCUACCCUGAGCUUCAGGGACUCAGUGGCCAUGAUUUUAUGAAAUGGACUUGCAGAGGAAGCAGGGGCAGGAGGAAUCUCCCAGAGCAAAUGGAAACUUAAGGGAAGCAUCUAUGGGAGGGUUUACUUGACCAUGAGGCAAUCGACUCUGAGGUACAGAGAGCUCCUGCUAUGACUUUUGGUUGCUGAUUUGCCUCACUCCCUCAGAGAAGUGGAUGGAGGAAUAGAAUUGUGAGAGCCACCAUGGCCCUGGGCCUCUCUAUAAGAGAGUGUGGAAAGAGGUCAUAGGAGGUGAGCCCAUGAGGCCUGCCAUGGAGCUGCUACCUGCAGAGAUACAGGGCCUCAGCUGAGGGAGCCAUCUCCAGAAUGCUAGAGAGGUGGGAGUGCCACACAUGCUUCUUCCACACCUGAGGCACCAUGGCCCACAUUGCCAGGCGCCUUGGACUUUCCCUGCAUUGGCAUGCCUCCAGUGGCUUGCCUUUGCUUUGGCACUAGCUCAACAGACCCAUUUCUGGUAGUCAUUUUCUGGUGCUCAGAGAGAGAGAGAGAGACAGGGAGAGAAAUUCAAAGCCAUGUUGCUUGGCUUGGCCAGGACAGAGCCAGACACACCUAUCAAGGAUAAGGAAGUAAAGGGGAAAUGCCGGGGGCCUAGGUUGGCUCAUAUGUAAAGAAGUUAAAGAAACAGUUUGUGGCUCCUUCAGGAGAUUCCAUAGGGAGUCUUGGCCUGGGUUUGAGGUGUUGGGGACCAGGGGACCUUUUCAUUGUAUCUCACUCUUACCUUGGUCCAAACCAACAUGACAAGAGGUAUAAAGUGCUCUAAGCACUUUGACUUGGGAGUUGCCCCCAGGUUUGUCCAACAGCCCUCUACCGUCUGUGGUACCAGGGACAAAGGAGAAGACAGUUUGCGCAGACUCUGCAGCUCCUCCUCAGGCUGUUCCCUAGCUACCUUGUCCCUACGAAGGCUGUUCCCUAGCUACCUUGGCCAAAGUUCCAUGUGCGGUCUACCAGUAUGUGUGAGUUCCGUGCCUGUGUGAAAGUGCUCAGAGAGGUGGCCAGUUUCUUUGAGAUAGUCCCUGCAAGAGGGAACAGUGCAUCCUCGAGCUCUCGGCAUCCGUGGUCAAGGGGCUGUGCCAACAAGAACAGUUGGCUAAACUGGACAAUUUGUGGCAGCCACUCUGAGUAACAGAUGUUGUCUUCCCUGCUUAGAGGUCCUUCCCACCCCCAGUAUUUGGUUUUGUGUGUAUAAGACUAGGCCCAGCCUCCUCUCAGAAGCCUGGCAGCAAGUACUUCUGUCAGCCUGUGAUACACUGUGGGGUCCUGGAGCCGCCACCUCCACCUCUCAAAGUCUGUCACCUGUCUUUCUGUGACUUCUUUGUACCUGUGGCUUCACAGGGUCUAAGUUGGCUAAGUGGAGUCGGCUAUGCACUUUAUUCUGUGGCUCUUCAGAGUUCCUGUCAGACUGUCCCUUUUGCUGUAGCCUCUGUUGGGCUUUUCUGUGUGUGAUCAUGGACAAUUCAGUGUUUUGUGAUGUAAUUAAAAGCUUCUUCCAGCUCAGUGUUAGCAGGGCUCUACACAGAGGAACUAGGGUCAGGUAAAGCUCUGAGUUGUGUUGAGCUGGAUGUUCAGACGGCAAGGGCCCUUUUAGCCCUCCUGCUGCCAAAUAGACUUCCCUGGAAUUCUGUCCCCUGUCUUCUUUGGGAGAGGAGUUUCUUAAUGGUUCCUACUGUACAGGAGGCUUAGGGCAGGGAGGAAAGGGGGCUUUCUGACGCUGUAAGACAAGACACUGCUGCUGGUUUUAGAGACCCAGGACCAGGCCUCACAGGCAACUUGGGAUGGUCCAGGACUGGGAAGGAGUGUCCUGUCUCCUGGCCUUGCCUUCUCUUAGGUAGGAGUCCAUGAGAGGAGUCAGUCUUCCUCUGGUAUAUGCGCCUGCAGGGAGACCAAGGUACUUGCUGUUGCUCUUGUCUGAGAUACUUUUGUACGCUGAUGUGCCACGCACGGCACUAAACAGACCCCACCCCCACUCAAUGAUAAAAAAGCAAAAACAAAAGUCAUUUUUAAGCAGAAACAAUGCUUCAGAAGCUCUUGAUUUAUUUUGGUGUCAAUGUUAGAGUUUAAAGUGUUCUUCACUUAUGUGAUUGUGGUGAAGAGAACAAGAUUGAAUGGUGUAGAAUUAUUUCUUCUGGGACAUUGCUGAACACCUCUUCCCCCGUCCUUCUCAAGCUGAGACUGCCAUGUACUGUCACCCUCUUGUGCAAGGCUCCCCUGAGAGCCAAUCUCUGAACUCCCUAGAGGGCAGCAAGAUGGAGCCUCCGUCAGGCUGCUUCUGGGGCGCUCUUUCCUCCCCACCUCCCGUCUACCUCCCGUCUUCAGGUGGUUUUGUAUUGUGUUCCCUCUGUUUUGUAAAAACCCCUUUGAUUGUACUGAAGUGGUUUCUGCAGCCACCUUUAGAAAUAAAUAAAUGGUCCUUAAUUUGUGUACUUAGUAUUUUGAAUCUUAGCCUCAGGUGUUUGUGCUGUUGAAGAUCCCUGGAUGAAAAGGAACCCUCCCCAUGGAACUUAUUGUUACAAUGUUUUCUUCAUUUACUGUUAUUAAAAGAUUUAUGAGAA